AUUUUUAAGUGUAUAUAUUUAGUUUAUUGCAUUUGUUAAAAACGAAAUGUAUAAAUUACUAAAAUGUCAAAUAUGCUGGUAACAACAUGAAAGAACUUGACAGAUAGAAUUCGAUUUUCGAGAUUCGAGUUUCGAGUAUGGUUCGAGUGUAUACCUACUGUCGAUGGUUUUUGUAAUGCGCUAAAAUAUGAACCAGACUUGAAAAAUUCUUACUGUAAAUUUAUGUGUUUGUAACGUACAUAAUUUUUGUGUAAUUUAUAUUCAUAAUCACCAAAUAUUUAUUUAAGUUAUUAACAAUAAUAGAUUUGAUGAUUGAACGUAUGUAUAUAUAUAAUUACUUUCAAAAAUCGAAUCGAUUAAUGUAUUUAUGUUACGAAUUUCAUAUAAUGUCAUGAAUUAAUUAACAAAGAUUAAAAUAUUACAUGACAUUUAGUUAAUAAUAAAUGUUGUAAUGAUAAAAUUUCAAUAUGAAAUGUGUUGUGCCAGGAACAAACGUGAAAAUUUUAGCCAAAGCCAUACAUACAUUAGCAAGAAUUGGAGAUGAAAUGUACAUAGAACCACAGAAAGAUGCUAUAUCAUUUCGUACAGUUAAUAUGGCAAAUUCAGCAUACGCUGAUUUUACAUUUUCCCAAGAUUAUUUUUCAUACUACAUGUAUGGUGAUUUACAGGAAAGUGAUGCACUGAAAUGCAAGAUUUCAAUGAGGAGUGCGAUGACAGUAUUUAAAUCUCCAAAUACAAUGGAUAGACAGAUAGAAACAUGUCACAUUAAAUUGGAACCAGAUGCAUCAGAAAUUUUGUUCAUUUUAAAAUAUAAGAAUAGCAUUAACAAAACUCAUUUAUUACCCAUAUUGGAUUGUGAAGUAUUACAAACUGCAUAUGAUAAAGAUUGUGCCACGAAUAAACUGUUAACUCAGGCACGUGUAUUAGGAGAUGCACUACACAAUUUUCAUCAACAAUUAAUGGAAAUAACGCUUGAAGUUUCAGCUCAAAAACUUUUAUUAAGGAAUUAUGUAGAUGAUACUUCAGGUCUGUCCAAUACUACACGAACACAACUUGCUCUUGGCAAAGGAGAAUUUGAUCGAUAUGAUAUCAAUAGUGAAACAUCAAUUACAUUUUGUAUGAAGGAAUUCAAAUCUUUGCUAACAUUUGCAGAACUUGUGGGUGUACCAAUUGGCACAUAUUUUGAAGGAGCAGGAAGACCAGUUAUAUUUGCUUUAAAAAAUCCAUCUUUUGAAGCAAAUUUAGUUUUAUCCACAGUGAGUGCUGAUACUGAUAGUCAAACUGAAACAACAUUAGAUGGUAAACAAGAAAAAUCUGUGAACAGAAGAGUUGAAAAUAAAAGAACGUCUAGAAAAACUAAUAAAUCCAGAAGUAGAAUAGACAAUAAAACAGCUAAAUCGAAUAAAACGUUAGGAAAUAGUGCUCUUAACAAUACGAAUCAAUGUUUUGUGGAUAAAAGUAAAAAAACAAACCAAAAUACUUCUAAAGAUCAACCCUCUUUACUAGUUAGUAAAUCUACAACUGAUAAUGACAGUGAAGUAAAUGGUUUAUCAGUAAGACAAAAUGCACAUAGAGAAUCUCAGAUAUGUUCUUCAUCUAGCUAUGAUACAAGUAAAAAAUCUAUAAGUGGAAAAAAAUUAGUUAAUUCUAUAUUUUCUUCAAUAACGAAAAGAAAGUCUAUUAGCGACGAAUCUGAUAAACAACAAAUGCAAAAUAAUUCUGAUACAUUAAAAGAUGCUAUACCAAAUUCACCAUCUCCACCAAACAAAAAAGCUCGUUUAAUAUUUCAGAAGUGUUUUCAAACAACAUUUGAUCCACAAACUUUACCCGGAUUUGAUGUAAUUUUAGCAGAGGAUUCAGAUGAGUGUUGUGAAUAAAUAUAAUUUUUUACAACUUUUCA